AUGGCAAUAUCUUCAAGCGCAAAUAUCAUUGUCGACCCCGAUGGAGAUUUAGUCCUCCUCUUGGAUCCGACGAUACCAAAAUCCCCAAAACCCGACUCUUUUUCUUCAGUAGACGCCGAAGCUACUAACCCACCAAACGAUGACAUCUCCACGGAAUCAGAGAUGAUACGUUCCCUUGAUGGUGAAACAUCAGAGACUUCGCAGGACGAGCCACUUCCGAUUUACAGCGACCAUAUACUGGUAUCUUCGAAACAUAUGUCUCUAGCCUCACCAGUAUUUAAAGCAAUGCUUCAGGGCGAUGACGACCCCGCUGCCAUGAAGAUAUUGACCGAUAUGAUCCACGGCCGUAUGAAAUUGAUCCCGGCAGUGAUUAACUUGGAGUUGUUCACGCAAUUAGCUAUUCUAGUAGAUAAAUACCGUUGCGCGGAAGUCGUUUGUCCAUAUCAUGACAUUUGGAAAAACACAGUGCAGGAUUGGGCCUUUACGAGUGAAGAUAUGACUCGCUGGCUUUGUGUAGCUUGGCAGUUUGAGCUGGAUGCAGAGUUCCGUCGAGCUUCGACUUGGAUAGAGGGGCAAGCUAAUUGUGAUCUCGUGACAACAAUGGCAAAAAUGAAGUACAAUCUACCAAUUCCGAAACAAGUAACUGACAAAAUAGAGAUGUAUCGCCUAGAAGGAAUUAGAAAAGCUGUCAAAUAUCUCGAAGAUUUCAUCACGAUGUAUCAAAAUCUCGACAAUCGUUGCACUGCUACAACAAUUCCAGAAAUCGAGUAUAAGGAUCCAAAUCAGAGGGAUACAUAUCCUUAUUCAAGCAGAAGUCGUUUAGAUACAACACAGAUAUCAUUCCUGAACUAUGAUGAGGUCGUCUCUUACAGACGAGACUGUGACUCGAUGCUACUUGGCUCUUUGACAAAGAGUGCGAUUGAGCAUGGAUUAUUUCCUCUGCCAGUAUCACCAUACACUUCAUGGUCUAUGAUUUUUCUACGCCAUAAAAUUGAACUCCUUCAGGCCAGCAGUUUAUGUUCUAAACUCCUGAAGACAUCUGUCGUCCAACAUGACGUCAUCGACGGACUCAAGACUUCUGUUCGUGCUAUUAUGACGUUAGGCCUAACUUUGAAAGACGGUAAGAAGUUGGUUAGCAAUACAUGA